AUGCUGGGACCAUCUACAUCCAGCGAAAGAUCCACAGUGAUACCUGGCGAAGCAGGCGCUCACGAUGGCGGUUCUGCUAGGCCAGACUACGACAGCGUGACCGCCACGGCGGCCGCAGCUGUUUCAGCUUCCGGGUACGGUAGCGGACUUGGAGAGGAAGCCAAUCAGUUCCAUCCCCACCAUCAGAACAGCUAUGCCACUGCCGAGUUCCAACAUCGUGCCGAGCUCCAACGCAGACAGCAGCAAUUGCAACAGCAAGAAUUGCACCAGCAACAACAACAAAUCCAAUUUCAGCAGCAGCAACAGCAGCAGCAACAGCAGCAGCAGCAAUUGCACCACCACCACCAGUUGCAACACACGCCACACGCGCUCCCCGAGGAGUACGACAACGGUGGCGUGCUUGGGUCCAGGUACUUGGAAAACGAGAUAAUCAAGACGUUCUCCAGCAAAGCAUACUUGGUGAAAUACGUCAAGGACGUGCUUAGUGUCGAGGAACGGUGCAAGAUCGUGAUUAAUUCGUCCAAGCCCAAGGCAGUGUACUUCCAGUGCGAGCGUUCUGGGUCCUUCAGAACCACGGUCAAGGACUCGGCCAAGAGACAGAGAGUCGCGUACACCAAGAGAAACAAGUGUGGAUACAGAUUGGUAGCCAACUUGUACCCAUCGGAUAAGGACAAGAAGAAGGUCAAGAAGGAGGACAUGAAAGAGGAAUUGGACUUUCCUGCUGACCCCUCCAGCGAAAUGUGGAUCUUGCGUAUGAUCAACCCAGUGCACAACCACGCCCCAGAACCACUCAGUGGAAAGAAAAAGAGACUGAAAAAUGCUAGAACUUUGGUUGAAAAACCAUUACACCGCAACGUCGGAAGUGCUGCGGUUGCGGCUGCUGCCCACUACGUACCAGGCGAUGUUCAGCAGUUGGCCCACAAUGGGUUGCAUCAGCUCCAUCACGAGGAUGGCCACACCCCAUCGGUGCAAGACGCUGCUGUGAUUGCUGCAAUCGAAGCUACUCCAGCAGCAGCAGCAGCUGCUGCUUUGCACAACCAAAACCCCCCUGUGGACCCAAAUAUUGAUCCUAAUGUCGACCCCAGUGUCCAGGCCCAUGACCAUGCCAUGAGAUAUCACCAGGGUUUAAGACGAUAG